UACUCCAUUCUUUCAUUUCUUUUUCCCAAACACUUUGAUCUCUCGCUCUCUCUUUCUCUCUCUCUAGUCUCUGCUUCUUACUGUAUUCAUUUCUCUUCUAAUACCAAAACCAUGUCUGAACCACAAAAUACAACAUCAUCAUCAUCAGCAGCAUUGGUACCAGUUCACCAUUACCACCACCACCAUGAACCACAACAAGAAACACAACUAAUUGUAUCUCCAGCUGCAUUACCAAAUCCCUCUGCAUCGUCAUCUUUAAUCAGAGAAUACAGAAAAGGAAAUUGGACACUCCAUGAAACCCUAGUUCUAAUAACAGCUAAAAAAAUGGAUGAUAAGAGAAGAACUACAACAAAAUCUUCUUCUACUACUACAGCUAAUACCCCACCAUUACUGGUUGGCCCUACCAAUAAAUCCUCCUCCUCUUCUUCUUCAGGUUGUAGAAGUGCUGAGCUUAGAUGGAAAUGGGUUGAAAAUUAUUGCUGGAAAAAUGGAUGUAUGCGAAGUCAAAAUCAAUGUAAUGAUAAAUGGGAUAAUCUGUUAAGAGAUUAUAAGAAAGUUCGCGAAUAUGAGUCAAGAUCUUCGUUUUCUACUACUACUAGUAACAGUAAUGUUCAUAAUCAUCAAGUUCAAGUUACAGUUCAACAACAACAACAACAUGAUGAUCAUCGUGACGGCCCUUCUUCUUCUUCUAAAGAUUUAAUAAUCCUUUUUUACUGGCAGAUGGAAAAACAUGAACGUAAAGAAAGAAAUCUACCAACUAAUCUUCCUUUUGAAGUAUUUCAAGCUCUUAAUGAAGUUGUUGAUCUACAACGACAAUCUCAUCCUAAACCAUCUCAACCAUCCAAUAUUAUAGUCUCAACUACCUGUCCCCCUACUAUUUCGGUUGCCAUUCCACCACCACAAGCACUACCUCAUCCACAUCGUUUUCUUCCACCACCUCCUCUACAACCACCACAAUCUCUUCUGCCACCACCAGUGGAAACAAUAACAACUCCAACAACAGAUUCAACGGAAACAGAAGGGAGCAGCGAGAGAUUAGAGACGGCCGAUAGAAAACGGCAGAGGAAAGUACGUAAACUGGGUGCAAGUAUAACCAGAAGUGCAUCUGUUUUAACUAAAACAUUAACUGAUUGUGAAGAAAUGAAAGAAAAAAGACAUCAACAUAAAAUGCAACUUGAAGAAAGAAAGCUUCAAAUUGAAGAAACAAAAAUUGAAGUUAACAAGCAAGGUUUUAAUGGGAUAAUUACAGCCAUUAAUAAUCUUUCUGGUGCAAUCCAAUCAUUAGUAUCAUCAAACCGUCAGAAUAAUGCUAGCUAAUUAGCACAUAUAAUAACAGCAAAUUCUUAGCUCAUUGUGUAGGUUACGUAUCGGGUGUAAAAAUACGUUUUUAAAAAAAAAAUUGUCAUAUCGUUUAAUGAUGAUUUUAAUUGUUUGUUAUAAAUGCAUUCUUGG